UUUACCAGCCCUUUUUCCUUUCGCCCCGCAGCCGGCCGGACCACCACCAACGAGGAGCUGGAGGACAUGUUGGAGAGUGGGAAGUUGGCCAUCUUCACCGACGAUAUCAAAAUGGAUUCUCAGAUGACCAAGCAGGCCCUGAACGAGAUCGAGACGCGACAUAACGAGAUCAUUAAGCUGGAAACGAGCAUCCGGGAGCUGCACGACAUGUUUGUCGACAUGGCCAUGCUGGUGGAGAGCCAGGUGGGGGAAAAAAGAGGAGAACAACCCUGAUCUAGAACCCACAAAUCCAGCCAGAAGCUCUCGUUGAGGGCCUUCGGCCCGUUGGGUCACCUAGAACCCGUCAAAAGCUUUGAGAGGGGUUUUGUUGGCUUACCUAGAACGCCUUAAAAGGCAAAUUUAGGGUUCUUGAUGCCCCCCCGGAAGCCAUUAAGGUUUGAAAGGGUGGCCUAGAACACCCUGAGAGGCUUUUGAGCUCACUGAGAGUCACCUAGAACCCACCAAGAGCUUUAAGAAGGGUUUGUUGGCUGAUCUAGAACCCAUCAAAAAGCAAACUUAAGAGUUUCUGAUGGCUACCCGGAAGUCGUUAAGGUCAUUAGGGUUUAUAAGACUUAUCUAGAACGUAUCCUGAGAGGCUUCUGAGCCCACCAGGGGUCACCUAGAACCCACCAAAAGCUCUAAGAAGGGUUUGUUGACUGGUCUAGAACCCAUCAAAAGAUAUUCAGCUGCUCCCAAGCCCCCCAAGACCUACCUAGAACCCCUUGAGCCACCUAGAACCCACCCCAAGAAGCUCAG